CGGAAAGUCCUGCAGCAGCAUGCCGAGGAUAAAGCAGCAAGCGCCGCGGCGGUCAGAAGCUUAUGGACCUGAUGACGAACCUGCAUUGGACAAAAUUGAUGAAGAGGAACAUCUGCAGGAUGAUGGCCUCUCUCUGGAUGGUCAAGACGCAGACUAUCUGUUCAAUGAAGACGAGGAGGCAAGAGAUCAUUUCAGCUGCCCAAACUCCCCACUCAGCAAUGGCACCAACCCAGACGCAGGGUAUGCCUCCCCACUCAGUACCACCAGUGAUCAAUUGGUGGACCUUAAGACCAUGUCUUCCUCUAAUGAUGGUCAAGAAAAGUUAGAGGAGAAGCUGGAGGAAAGCGCAGAGUCCAUCAAUGGCCUCUCACUACAUGACAGUCUGACGAAAAUGAAAGCCGUCUAUGCAAACCUGAUCUCGGAUGCCUCCUGGUCCAGCAUUGCUAUGGACAUGCUUAAACAAGGGAACAAUUUUGCCACUAGCAACGGCAAUGGGAGCCAUCACAAAGGGAGCAAUGGGUUCCCGAACAGUCACAGCCCAGGGAGCAACCAUACGAAAGGCAGAUGUAGCAGUAGCAAUGCCUCGGCCACUACAAAUAAUACCACCAGCAGUACCACCACGAGAACAGUGUCGAGCAGCAGCCACAGUGGCACAAGUGUAAGUUCUGGCAGCGCAGGAGGAUUAGCCUAUGACUGGCACCAGGCAGCUUUGGCCAAAACUCUACAGCAUACUCCAUACCAACUCCUUCCUGAGCCUAGCCUUUUCAGCACCGUGCAGCUUUACAGACAAAAUAAUAAGCUCUAUGGCCCGGUGUUUACAGGUGCAAGCAAGUUCAGGUGCAAGGACUGUAGUGGGGCCUAUGAUACUUUGGUUGGCCUGACAGUGCAUAUGAAUGAGACGGGCCAUUAUCGUGAUGACAAUAAGGAUAAAGAGGAUGAUCGAAGCAAGAAGUGGUCCAAGCCACGCAAGCGUUCCCUGUUAGAGAUGGAAGGCAAGGAAGAUGCCCAGAAAGUUCUUAAAUGCAUGUACUGUGGCCACUCUUUUGAAUCCUUGCAAGACCUUAGUGUUCACAUGAUCAAAACAAAACACUAUCAGAAAGUGCCUCUAAAAGAACCAAUGCCAGCCAUGACCAAGCUGGUACCCCCAACCAAAAAAAGAGCAUUUCAAGACUUGAUGUCCCCAAGCUCACCUGAGUCUGUCUCAUCUGGCAUACACAUGGGAGAGUCUCCCAAAGACCAAAAAAUGGCUAAUCCCUAUGUCACCCCUAACAAUCGAUACGGUUACCAAAAUGGUGCCAGCUACACUUGGCAGUUUGAGGCAAGGAAGGCACAAAUUCUCAAAUGCAUGGAAUGUGGCAGCUCACAUGAUACCUUGCAACAAUUGACAGCCCACAUGAUGGUCACAGGACACUUUCUGAAAGUCACCAAUUCAGCCUCUAAGAAGGGUAAGCAGUUAGUUUUUGAUCCUAUCAUUGAGGAGAAAAUUCAGUCCAUUCCUCUGCCACCAACUACAACACGACUCCCGGCACCCAAUGGGAAGUCACAGAAUGACUCCCCUUUGCCGCCCUCUAGCCCUGAGGACCGAAAAGAAGAAAAAAAAGAUGAAUUGAUUGAGGAAGAGAAAAUAGAAUUCAGGGAACCAGAGAGAAAAAUCAAAGAGGAGAAGGAAGACCCUCCAGAGAAAGCUGAUAAACCUAGAAAGGCUAUAUCUUGUCAGUAUUUGAGAGAGGAAGACUUGGAAGAGACACCUAAAGGUGGCUUUGACAUAAUCAAGUCUUUAGAAAACACAGUUUCAAGUGCCAUCACCAAGGCCCAAACAGGCACACCAACCUGGGGUGGAUACACAAGCAUUCAUGCCGCCUAUCAGCUCCACGGAUCUAUAAGGUCUUCUUUUCCCUCAUCAGCACAGGUUCAACCUUUGUUCAGCAGCAACAGCUUGAAGGCAUUUUCCGCUGAUCUAAGUACUCUGAUGCAUUCACCAAAUAGCCCCUCUCCACCUCCAAGUCACAAGAGCAACGUGCUGGCCAUGGAAGAGCUAGUAGAAAAAGUGACAGGGAAAAGACCAGUAAAGACUGAAAAAGAGGAAAAGCAUCUUGAGAAUAAGAGUAGGUCUGCAAAGUCACCAUUGACAAAUCUAAAGGAUAAACGAGCUUCACCAAAUCCUGACAAUGUCUCAAAGGCAAGGAAAACCUCUGCUGCAGAGGACCAGACUGAGUCAAGAGGCAAAGAUGGAGAGCCGACAGCGAGAGAAUUAGACAGACAUAUCAAGAGUGAAGUUGAUUCACCAAAAAAGCCUCUAAGCAAUGGCUGCAAUAACCUGACCAUCAUCACAGAUCACUCUCCUGAACAACCACUUGUGAACCCUCUCAGUGCUUUGCAGUCUAUCAUGAACAACCAUUUGGGAAAAGCUUCAAAAGUGGCAACACCCUUCAGUGACCCGUUUGCAAUGCUUCACAAGGUCAACAGCAACUCGGCUCCGAAUAAGUCAGCAGAGCCGGUGAGUCAGUAUCAUGAGGAGGAGGAUGAUCAGCCCAUGGACUUGACAAAAUCCAAAAACACCAAUGGCAGUACCACUAAGGGUACUUCAGCUUCACCACACAACAACAGCAGCAACAACAGCAGUAACAACAGCAAACCAGCUUUCCGAGCUUUCUCUCAGUCUUCAUCGCCUCCUCUGCGGGAGAACGCUUUGAUGGAUAUUUCAGACAUGGUGAAAAAUCUGACUGGCCGUUUGACACCGAAGUCUACAACCCCAUCUUCCAUCUCUGAGAAAUCUGACGGAGACAGCUGUACUUUUGAGGACGGCCUGGAGGAGCUGUCUCCCAUCCAGAGACGGAAAGGUAGACAGUCAAACUGGAAUCCUCAACACAUCUUGAUUCUCCAGGCCCAGUUUGCCUCCAGUCUCAGAGAGACUCCUGAUGGAAAGUUAGUGAUAACUGACUUGGGGCCCCAGGAACGGGUCCACAUCUGUAAAUUCACUGGUCUCUCCAUGACCACUAUCUCUCAUUGGCUGGCCAAUGUAAAAUACCAGUUAAAGCGGACAGGAAGCACAAAGUUCCUAAAAAAUAUUGACUCUGGCCAGCCUCUGUUUUUGUGCAGUGACUGUGCAUCCCAGUUCAGGACUCCUUCCUCCUACAUUCACCAUUUGGAGUCCCAUCUUGGGUUCACCCUGAAGGACCUCUCCAAACUAUCCAUAGACUUACUAGAGCAGCAAGCAGUCAGCAGAAUAGAGGACAAGACGUUCAGUCUGAGUCCCUCUGGACUCACAGAAGACGACACUGGCUCCAUUUAUCAGUGCAAACUGUGCAAUCGGACAUUUGUGAGCAAACAUGCAAUCAAAUUGCACCUUUGCAAAUCACAUGGGAAGUCACCAGAGGACCACCUCAUCUUUGUGAAAGAGCUGGAAAAGUUUGACAAAUAAUGAAGUCAGACAAAGUUGACAGCUUGACGGAUCACUGUUGCACUAUGAC